AGACCGUUAUAGUGAAUGCAGGGUCCGGGGAGAGUGAAUAUAGUGAAUGCAGGAUCCGGGGAGACUAGAUAUAGUGAAUGCAGGGUUCGGCAAGAGGGGAUAUAUAAUGGAUGCAAGGUCUGGGGAGAGCGGAUAUAGUGAAUGCAGGAUCUUUGGAGACCGGAUAUAGUGAAUGCAGGGUCCGGGGAGAGCGGAUAUAGUGAAUACAGGGUCCUGGAAAACCAGAUAUAGUGAAUGCAGGGGUCCGGGGAGACCGGAUAUAGUGAAUGCAGGGUCCGGGGAGAGUGGAUAUAGUGAAUGCAGGGUCCGGGGAGAG